CAUACACACACAUGCACUCACUCCCACACACACACAUACAUACACACACAGUGAGUCAGCCGUGGAGAGAGAGUUACAGUUGGCUCCUAAAUCCUAAUCAGCCCUCUUCUGAGUGAGGUGCCACUUUGCCAAAUCUUCCUGUCUUUUUCCUGACAUGGAGCUCCACAGCCUGCGUAAACCUUUCCACCACAUCCACAUGGGCGAAGAGAGGCACCAGAUGCUGAACCUGAACCAACGCCUUGAGAGCUACCUGGGCCGGGUCAAACUCCUGGAGGAGGAGAACGUGCAGCUCCACAGGGAGAUCCAGGCUCUGAGACACAGCAACCAGGGAACCCCAUCGCUCAGGAAGGCCUUGGAGAAAGAGCUGCGGCAGGUCAGGAUGGAGGUGGACACAGUCUGGAGGGAGAGGGACCAGACGGAGAUGGAGGUUGGGAUCCUGGCUGAGGAGCUCCAAGCUCUGGGCCUGCAGAGGCAGAGGGAGGUGGAGGCCACGAUGGAGGCGAAGACCAAGCUGAACGAGAGCAGGAAGGAGAUGGAGGAGGAGCGAAGGGCACAGAUCUGGCUGAGGGAGAAGGUCAACCAGCUGGAGAAGGAGAUCCAGCUCCAGACUGAGACCCAUCAGCAGAAUGUGGCCCACAUGGAGGCCACGCUGGCCCACUCCAGACCCACAGUGCCGCCCACAUCAGCCCGGAUGAGCAACCAGAUGCCGAACCUCGUCCAGCUGGGGCAGGAGUACACCCAGAGGGCCAGCAGGGCUUGGCAGGAGGCAACAGAGGCCUACCAGGGCCAGGUGGUACGGCUGGAGGAGUCGCUGAACCAGACCAGCAGCCACUUGAACCAGCUGGCCCAGGAGAAGAGCGAGAGCCAGCUGAAGCUCCAAUCCCUGCAGAAAGAGAUCAGUUCGGCCCAGAAAGUCAGAGUGCAUCUGGAGAAGACCGCGGCCCAGCAGAGAGACAGACACAACCUGGAGAUCCAGCAGCUGCAGGAGCUCUUGCAGGGCCUGGAGGUGCAGAGGGACGAGCUGGGCCAGCAGAUUGACCGGCUCGUCCUGGACAACCGGAGCCUGGUGCAGCUGAAGAUGUCUCUGGGCCUGGAGGUUGCCACAUACAGGGCUUUACUGGACAACGAAAGCUUCAGGGGAGACAUAUCCUCAGUGAAUCAGCCAAGAAAAAUCUACAUCACAGAUGCAUUUUCAAGUCCUCGAGGGGUUAAGGAGAAUUACCAGACCCAGCUGUCUAUUAGCCGCAAGACUGCUCCCCUGUCAUCCGUCCUCAGUGUGAAAGGCAGAUCCAAACCAGCAGUAAUAACUACACCAUCAAUCUGGACAAGACAACCUGCAACCCUCAGUGAAACUCCACUGAAUCCUUGGAAAACUGUUCAGAAUCAAACUGAUGAGGACACAGCAAAAACUACAAAGUCAGCAACUGAGUCAACACCUUACCCAAAAGUGCUGCAGAACGGAGCAGUUGAACAUUUCAGACCACAGGAGGUUCAUGAGGAAGUCACGUAUGCCGAGCCUCUCUCUCCUCCCAAUGAGCUAGAGUCUCCUGCUGAACCUCUGGUUGCAUCGAGCCAUAAGGAAACAACUGCAGUGGAUAAGGAAGGUAAGGAGGAUUGGGGCAUUCUAGAUGCUAGACCUCCUGAGGAACCGCUAGUUGUGGAGUCAGCUCUCAGUUAUCAGGUUGAGUCUGUACUCAGCAGCAAACCACCUUUCAACAAUGAAGUUAGGCGGAAUCAGCAUACCACAGGGAACCUGACACCAUACCAUGUCCUAAUGGCAGAGGAGUCCCUUGGUGUCUCAGAUGAAUCAGAUGAAAAUGUGCCUUCUGAAGUGCCUGCUGAAAAAGAAGACAUGCCUGAGCCACGUACUCCAGUCGAGGCAUGGGUGGAGAAGGAAUUUAUAACUAUGGGCAAAGAAGCCGAGCAUGUGCAAGAAGAGAGUUCAGAUUCUGAAACCGAGGCAGUGCUUGAACCAACGCCUGGGUCCACCACAGGCAGUCCAGUUUCUGAACAUGAGCCUGACGAAAGUAUGUUUAACCAAGAGUCAGAGGUACGCCAAGAGGAAAAUAUCCCAAAUGAUGAUGCAGGGCUGGUAAGCCAACAAACAGGGGGUUCCAUGGUGAGAGCAAUUGAGAGAGAGUUUGAGGAUAAGUUGUACCCUGAUGGGGAAGAUAUGGAUACGUGGGACAGUGUGAUGGAAAGAAAGGCUGAUAUGAAGGAAGACAAUGGCAGAAAAAAUGAUCAAACUGAAACCCAACAUGCUGAACCAGAGGAGGACAUAUCAGCAAGAGAACCAGAGCGUGAAGUGAAAGAAAUGAAGGAAGAAAGCGCCUCCAUUGUUCAGCAUGAUAACAACAUGGCCUUUUUACUGAUGGACACAAAAUUAGAUGACAACAGAGAGCAUGCUGUUUCAGAUCAAGAGCAUGCACAGCUUCCUGGUGAAGGUGAAGACAACGAUGAAGAGGAGGAAGAUUCUCAAAAUGUCUCAGUGUCAUGGAGGACCGAGCUGGAAAGUGAUAGCUAUGCACAAGAUAAUACACUUGCUGACACUCGACCUCUGAUUCGAUACAAGAGUGAUGAAACUGACGCCAACACUCAGGCAUCACACAUGGAUGAGAGUGAGUCCAGCGAUGGUGAAGACGACAAGAAGGUUGGAGGUACAGGAACUGGAACCUGGAGUGAAAACAAGUCAAAGAGAUCUGGAACCAUGGAGGAUCUGUGUGAAGAGGCUGAAGGGGAAGCAUUGGAUGAGGAAUAUGAUCUAGGAUAUACUCAUAUUGAGGACAGGGAUGUUGGCCAUGAUGUGGCUAGGAGUGAGCAUGCUACGUUGGAGAAUGACGAGAAAAGUGAAGUUGAAAUGAUUGAGAAGGUCACCGAAGGGAAUUCUGAGGAAGAAACAGAACUUACAAAACCAGUGGAACCCACGGUACUCUUGGAUGUAGAUGACAAUGAUGAGUUGGAGAGGGUGGACAGGCUUGUGGAACUAGAAUUAGAAAGCUUAUCCACAUUUACCUACAGUGCACACUUUGCACAGCAACAGGCUGAUGAGAGAGAGGCGGUGCUAAAUCAGCAGGCCAUGUCUGCUGAGGAACUGCCAGAGCAAGAAGAAGCAGGCACAACAAGAAUAAGAGAGGGCACAUUGUCCUGUGCAGAGCCUGAGGUGGCAGUGCACCACAAACUUACAUCUUCCUAUACAGAUUCUGAUCAGCCACAUGAGCACCCAUAUGUCAGUGAUACUUCAGUAGCCAUGCCUCAUGCAGAGGAUUUAGCUGAAGAAGAGGUCCAGCAAAAAGAACAAGAAACUGUAGAUGCUGCAGAGAAGAAGGAGGGAGAAGAUGAACACAAUCUGUCAAUGGUGACUCAUGUUGACAUGACAGAUGAUCAUUCAGUCUGUAGUGACCUGAACAGCAGGCCUGAGAGUCAGAUCACCAUGAAUAAUUCAGACAUAGAAGAAUCCAACAUCUCCGAGGACGAGUCACCAAAUGCUAGUCUGUGCUCCGCAGUGCAUUUAGCAGCAGAUAUGGAAAACUUGUUGGAUGUGGCUGAGCGAGACAAGGUUAAAGAGGCUGUGGAAGAAUCCAGUGCUGCACUACAACAUACCGUGGAGGAAGUGACAGAGUGUCAGGCAUUUCCUGAAAUGCCAGAAACAACUGAAUGGGAAGUUCUAGACAACCCAAAUGAAGACCUGGAAAGCAGAGGUCAGAAUGAAGAUGGCCAAACAUGGGAUAACACACCUCAGUCAACUCAAAGUUUUCAUGAUGAAGGCAGCACUCAUCAAGGUGCUGUAACAAAGAGGGAGGAGUCUCCUGAGAUUUCCCCUGACAGCAUCCCGGCCGAGGAAGACAUAUUUCUGGUGAAGGAUUCAACAGAACCUUUGAACACCAAUGGCAAAGACAAGGGCCUCCAUGGCUUCUUCACAUCUGGUGUAAGCAGUGACCUCUGGGCCUCCUCCUUGGACACAGGUGCCACUUACCUACCAGACGAUUCCUACAAUGAGGCAGCUGAGAAAUCCAAUCAGAAUCUAGGCUUUGGUGACAGCCUCGUCUGGGGGAAUCUGGAAAACUCAAAUGCAGCAAAUGGUAACUCCAGGAUGGCUACUGACUCCUUAGUCGGUAAGGAAGAGGAGGAACAGAGGCCUUCAGAGGUGAAGCAGUUUUUACAUCAAAAGAUCAAUGAUGGGGACUCAGUCCAUUCUGAGGACUCUGAAAAUGAGAGAGAAUCCUGGUCAUCUGGAGAGGAAUAGAUAUACAGAAUAGUGAGAAAUGAAUGUUUAGAAUUAAAGAGAAAAAACAGACAUCGUCAGUAUUAGUGAAAGGAAAAUGAAUAAUGCAUUUGUUCUAAAAACCAAAGUUGUGCCUUGGUGUGCACCCCAGUGCCGCUACACACCAGUAUGCCAAUUCUAUCUAAAGACACUGAGCACUUGCCCUGUUCCCUUACACUGGCAUAUUUGACUAACCCGGUCUUUUUCUUGUGUUCUAAUUAUUCUAAGUGUUCAAUCUUGGUGUGCACAUUACAGAGGAAAGUUUGAAAUUGCUGCAUGUGGGGAAUAGCAUGAUGACAGAACAAAGGGUGACAUUUGAAAGUCAAAGCAUUCAUUGAUCGUUGGCUAAUCUGAUUGUACUGAUUGUUGGAAAUCAAUGAAACCUAGUAUUCCCUGUAGGAGCUGCUAUUUCACAGUGCAUAAAAAAGACAGGUAGUUGUUCUAGUAGCUCAGUUAGCCCAUAUCACUGGACGACAGUUGACUCACUGUGCAUGUUGUACGUGUGUGUGUAGAAAUAACAGUUUUAAAGGGUGUUAUUUAUGUUAAAUAAAGAUAACAUGUAGUCAGUGUGAUUUGCAAACCAUGUUAUGUUUAUAUUUGUUUUGUAGGAACUGAUUUUACUUUUUUGCCCAAUGCCUUUUCAUCAAGUUUAAUUCUGCCUUGGUACCAUUUUGGUUCAGAAUAAACUGUAGAUGCAGCAUA